CAGGAAACGGCUGAGAAAGGUGAUGUCUAAGGCGUUGGGAAUGUUUGAAAAUCCUGCGGCCAGAGUAGGAUGUGCUAGUAGCUAGAUUUGUCCACAAUAUAAAUUAGAAAUGAUGUGCAAAGACAGACAGACCGGAGUCUCUGCUUUAUGCAAUGGCAUUCAGGAGCUGCGUGCUUUUUGUGACGGUGCUUAGCCUGCUGGAUAGAGAGUCAGAUGCACAAUUGAAUGUGUGUGGUCAAGCUCCUCUUAACAGCAGGAUAGUGGGGGGUCAGAAUGCCCCCGUGGGGAAUUGGCCCUGGCAGGCCAGUCUACGUUCGUAUGGUCAACAUGUUUGUGGAGGAUCCCUCAUCAACGAUAUGUGGGUGCUCACUGCUGCCCACUGUGUCACCAGCACAAAUACAAAUGGCUGGAGUAUUUAUCUGGGGCUUCAGAAUCAAUCUUCUUCAAUCUCAAAUGAACAAGUCAGAACCCCCAGUCUCAUCAUUAUUCAUCCACAAUACAACAGUAUUACACAUGACAAUGACCUCGCUCUUCUGAAGCUCAGCAGCAAUGUAAACUUCACCGACUACAUCCAGCCCGUUUGCCUGGCAGCCAGUAACAGUACCUUCUACACUGGCACUGAGACGUGGGUCACUGGCUGGGGAAAUGUUCGCCCGGGUGUCUCCCUCCCCUCACCUGGCAUCCUACAGGAAGUGCAGGUACCAAUAGUUGGAAACAACAAGUGUAAUUGUCUGUAUGGGCAGGGCACCAUCACAGCCAACAUGAUGUGUGCUGGUCUGCUAGCAGGAGGAAAGGACUCCUGUCAGGGAGACUCAGGAGGUCCCCUGGUGGUCAAACAGGGCUCUGCAUGGAUCCAGGCUGGGAUCGUUAGUUUUGGCAAAUCAUGCGCCCAGCCCAACUACCCUGGAGUCUAUACCAGGGUGUCUCGUUAUCAGGCCUGGAUCAAUUCCACCAUCAGCACCAACCAACCAGGAUUUGUGACAUUUACCUCCAGUGGGACGAACAGUGACUCCUGCAGUUCGUUUCCCUCCAUUACCUCAAUUCCAACCACUGCCACCACCACUGCCAAACCAGGUGUAUGUGGUCUCGCCCCCCUGAAUAACUUUGGGAGCAGCGGGUCGCCGGCGGCAGGGGCGUGGCCCUGGCAGGUCAGCCUGCAGAUGAAUGGGGUCCACAUCUGUGGGGGCACUCUCAUCACAGAGACAUUCGUCAUGACCGCAGCCCAGUGCUUCAACAGCUCUCAGCUUAAUAGCAGCCAGUGGACAGUGGUUCUGGCUAUGAAUGUGUCAGUGAAGGUGUCCAACAUCACCCUGAGCAACCUGCCGGGUCCCAACAUCGCUGUGCUCCACCUGGCCACAAGCGUAAACCUGACUGACCACAUUCAGCCCGUGUGCCUGGACCUGGGAAAUGCCGCCGUGCAAACUGGGACACAGUGCUGGGUGACGGGAUGGAGGGGCGUCCAGAGAGGAGUCCCAGAUAUUCAGCAGCAGAGUACAACAGUAGCAGAUUGUGGGGACAGUGCAUCUUCUUCCAUCUGUAUCACAGCUGUGUCAUUGCAGCAGGGUGAUGCAGGUGACCCAUUACUCUGUAAACAGGGGAGCACCUGGUUCCAGGCUGCAGUGAUAACGACCAACACCUCCAGCACCAGCAGGGCCACAUCUUCCCAGAUACAGACCUUUACUAAGAUGAAUCAAUUUGCCACUUUCCUCAAAAACACUGUUGGCAUUCUAUCCCCAAACUCUGCUGCAGCAAUUCGCAUCAACACCAUCAUCCCUUUCCUGCUGCUUCUCCUCUCUCUCCCCACCCCACUCUUAUCCAUAUCCCUUCUGCCCAUCUGAACCAAAUUUCAGGUAGCAGCCUAAUGUAUUUGCAUGUGAACGAUCAGUCAUUGGUGAGUGUGGCCGACUUGGAUCUCACAAUAGGAGACAUGCAGUAUACAGUGUGGCUGAUUAUGGGAAUAUGCUGACUUACUUUGAAAUGGAGAACAGAGUUCAGCUCACGCCACUGUAACUUAAUGGGUCUGUAUUUGGGCACUUUACUGCUGUACUGAAGAUCUCAGUGUCAAUGUCAGUCACCUGUACUAUUGCUCUAUGGCCUGGUGCUUAUGAAGAGUUUGUCUGUGUCACCUUAAUUGUUACAUAUUUGCAAAUGUAAGAAUACCAUCAACAUCUUCUACCUGCAUUGUCAUGGGAAGAAAUCUGAAAGAUGUUCUGUACUGGAGAAGGGAAGAGAAGCUGUUUCAACCAUCCAUCCAUCCAGUCAUCAUACUUCUGAGCAAGAUCACAAGCAAAAGCUGUUUCAAUAAUGUCAAAAAUUCUCUGAAUGUAUCAUAGUGUAUUUUGGAAUGAAGGAAUGAUUCCUGAUCUGGAUUUUGUACGUAGAAUUUCACAGGACAUUUAUUUAUCAUCACUACUUUCAUAAAAUGUAAAUUAUAGUCAGAUUUGUAUAAGAAAAAUAUUUUUAUGACGUAUAUUUUUUAAAGUUGCACAAGUAUGUGGACUGUUUGGCAGAGAGCAGGGAGGGACCAGAAAUAUGGACUGUUUCAGGGUCCCCGAAAAUACUUGAAUACAACAAUACUUGUACUUGAUACUUGAACUUAAUACAAGAAUACUUGGACUUCACUGAGAUGAAAAAAUGUGCUUUCAAAGUUAUAGGUUAGUGAUAUAUGUAUUAUAUGUGUUAAUGAUAAAUUGACUACGAAUCAUUGUAUUAUAUCUUUGUGACAAGUGAAAUUUUGAAUGCA